AUGCCGACACCGACCACCACCCCCAACCCGACCCCACCCCGCAGACCCCCCCCCCCCCCCCCCGCCGCUGCCUUACCUCGGGGGAAUAAGAAGCGGCUGCGGCCGGGAACGAGGCCCAGGCCGCCACCCUGGCUGCCACCCCCACUCCGACGCCGACGGCAACCCACCCCGCCGACCCAGCCCCCGCCGACCCCCCCUACCGACCCCCCCGCCGACCCACCCCGACCACCACCCCCCAACCCGACCCCCCCUCCCCCGCCCCCCGCCCGACCCCCCCCCCCCCCGCUGCCUUACCUCGGGGGAAUAACGAAGCGGCUGCGGCCGGGAACGAGGCCCAGGCCGCCACCCUGGCUGCCACCCCCCCCCACUCCGACGCCGACCCCGCCCCCCGCCGACCCCCCCACCGAUGCCGACACCGACACCGAACACCACCCCCCCAACCCGAACCCCCCCCCCGCCGACCCCCCCGCCCUGCCUUACCUCAGGGGAAUAAGAAGCGGCUGCGGCCGGGAACGAGGCCGAGGCCGCCACCCUGGCUGCCACCCCCACUCCGACGCCGACGCCCACCCCCCCCGCCGACCCCGCCCCCCGCCGCCCCCCCCCUGCCGCGGCCUUACCUCGGGGGAAAAACGAAGCGGCCGCGGCCGGGAACGAGGCCGAGGCCGCCACCCUGGCUGCCACCCCCACUCCGACGCCGACCCCGCCCCCCACCGACCCCCCCCACCGAUGCCGACACCGACACCGACCACCACCCCCCCAACCCGAACCCCCCCCCGCCGACCCCCCCCCCCGCCGCUGCCUUACCUCGGGGGAAUAACGAAGCGGACGCGGCCGGGAACGAGGCCGAGGCCGCCACCCUGGCUGCCACCCCCACUCCGACGCCGACAAGCCGCUGCGGCCGGGAACGAGGCCGAGGCCGCCACCCUGGCUGCCACCCCCACUCCGACGCCGACGCCCACCCACCCCGCCGACCCCGCCCCCGCCGACCCCCCCACCGAUGCCGACACCGACACCACCACCACCCCCAACCCGACCCCCCCCCGCCGACCCCCCCCCCGCCGCUGCCUUACCUCGGGGAAUAAGAAGCGCUGCGGCCGGGAACGAGGCCAGGCCGCCACCUGGCUGCCACCCCCACUCCGACGCCGACGCCCCACCCCGCCGACCCGCCCCCGCCGACCCUCCCACCGAUGCCGACACCGACACCGACCACCACCCCCCCAACCCGCCCCCCCCCCCGCCGACCCCCCCCCGCCGCUGCCUUACCUCGGGGGAAUAACGAAGCGGCCGCGGCCGGGAACGAGGCCGAGGCCGCCACCCUGGCUGCCACCCUGGCUGCCACCCCCACUCCGACGCCGACCCCGCCCCCCGCGGACCCCCCCACCGAUGCCGACAACCACACCGACCACCACCCCCCCAACCCGAACCCCCCCCCGCAGACCCCCCCCCACUGCCUUACCUCAGGGGAAUAAGGAAGCGGCUGCGACAGGGAACGAGGCCGAGGCCGCAAUCCUGGCUGCCACCCCCACUCCGACGUCGACCCCGCCCCACGCGGACCCUCCCACCGAUGCCGACAACGACACCGACCACCACCCCCCAAACCCGAAACCCCCCUCGGCCGCCCCCCCCCCCCGCCGCUGCCUUACCUCGGGGGAAUAA